AGUAAUUCACAAAGAAGAAGACGUCAGAGAACUUCAAAUAGGAAACGGCAUGGAGCCUGAAAACAAUAACACAACCGAUUCAGACGCAGAUAGUAUACAUGAAAAUGUGAGUUUCUCAGAAGUUACUACUGUUGCUUCAGGAUGGAUGCUGGACUUCAUGUUUGUGAGUUUGUGUCGCCAUUUCAAGGAGGGGAAAUUUGAUGAAUUCAAUGAGGCGCUGUCGAUUCUCGAAGCCAUUUCUCAGAGUCCAUCUCUCAAAGGAAAGCUCUAUGAAGAGAAAAAGCUGAUAUCCGCCUUCGUCGCUAGAGUCUUUCAUGGAAAGCAGUUGGACGUCUUUUUUGAGGAGGAUAACUCAGUGAUGCCUCUGAUGUCUGCUGCCAAUAUAUGGUCAAACCUAGAACACACUGUGGCAGAUGGAAGUCUGUUUGAAAAGAUUACCAAGCUUUUGCUUGUCCAGUCUGUGGCUGUCUGCUUGGAGAAAGGCCAAAGAUCUUCUGCCUCCUCUGCCCUCAAGUGGUUUGAGAAUAACCAUCAAUUCCAACACACUUCUAACUUGGGAGUUAAGCUGUCAAAAAUAGUGGCACAGAGAGACCCUUCCCACCCAUACUUCAUGAACUUCAGCUUCAGCGGCUUGCUCGACACCGUCCAGUCCUAUUUGGAUGCUUACUUGGAGAAGAAUCCCUCUGACUACCUUCUUAAGGCAGCGACAGAGAUGGUCCAGUCAUCCCAGCUCACUGAAGAUUUGGAGGAUGUGGAAUCAGAGGACAGCCCUGUCUCAAAAACAACCAAUGGACUGAGAAAAAAUAAUCACAAACCAAAGCGGAAACUGCUGUCCAGUAACAUUACUGACUUAUGGAAACCCGAGUCGUGCAAGAAGCUUUGUGUUUCUGUCAAGCGGCUCCCCGCUAACGAGGUAUCUCAGAAAGCAUCUGAAAAGCCAGUGGAGGCUUCAGAGGUACCAAAAAGAAGAAAAGCCCCUCAGAAAUGGACCCAUCAGCUGGACAAAUACCUCAAGGAAGGCGUUAAACGUCACGGCCAUGGGAGGUGGGCGCAAAUUUUAAAGGAUUAUGACUUUGAAGGACGCACUGGCACCAUGCUCAAAGACCGCUGGAGAGUUCUGAUGAGGUCUCAUGAAGUGGGGUAAGAGGGAGAGAACCCCUCCAAGCAGCUUGUAAAUAAUUGGACAGGUUAAUGCAGUGCUCUUAUUUGAAUCACUGAAGAUAUUCCCAUAUGCUGCUGGUAUCAUUUGCUUUGUUGCUGUUUUGUUGCACCAAGACAAUAUGCCACUAGAGGGCAGUCAGCACAACAAUCAAAUGAGCUAUUUGCAUUAACUUCUAUUUUAGAAUGCAUUUGAUUAAAUACAAAAUUUGUAAAUGUGGCCACAUGUACAGUGUAGCAGUUCACGUGUAAAUAUACUAUGGACAUAGCUACUUCACUCAUUUAUCCUUCCGUAGACAGGGGAACUAUUUGUUCUUUUAUCUUUUUAAUGCAUAGCCUCAGCUUGUACAAAGUAAAUAUAAUACCACAGCGGACUCUCCACACAAAUCAUUUUUGUAAUUUAUGUUGCCAUGAAAGGGAGUAUUUUGAAUGAAAAAAUUUUUUUCACUUUUAUAUUUUAAGUUAAAUAUUGUUCCAAUAAAAGUGUUUUAAAAAAUGAA